UGUACUGAAUAAGUUAUGCGUGCUGCAAUGCUGGUGCUACUUAUAUGGUUCUUUAUCGGCAUAUCGGCAAGUUAUUGCUCGGUUUCGAGUGAAUCGGAUGUAGUUAAACAUCCUAAUUGGCCAAAGGAUGUUCAAGAUGAUUGUGGUAUAAGCUAUGCUGAUCGGAUAAUUGGUGGUAAAAAUGCUUCGUUGGGGCAAUUCCCCUGGCUGGCUAGGAUCGGAUAUAACAAACGGAAACAUAUUGAGUACGAAUGCGGUGGUACUCUUGUAAGUAAAUUUUUCGUUGUGACUGCCGCUCAUUGUGUGACGAAUUUACCACCAAAUAUUGAAGUUAAGUCCAUCGUCCUCGGUGAAAAUAAUGCAAACACCAAAAUCGACUGUGAUAAUUUUAAUGUGUGCGCCGAUCCACUACAAGAAUUUGGGCCGGAAAAAAUCAUAUUCCCGUCAAAUUACAAUCAUCCAGCGUUUCGGCAUGAUAUUGCAUUGAUUAAACUGAACCGAGAGGCAAAAAUUUCAGAAUGGAUAACUCCCAUAUGUUUACCGUUUGGUGAAUCACUCAGCUUAAACUUAACAAAUUUAACUGGCGAAGUAGCUGGUUGGGGUUUAACAAAUAGUGAUGAUGAAACUGGUACACCUUUUUUGCAGACUGUUAAGAUGCCGAUUCAUUCGCAUGAGAAAUGUGUGCAAAUGUACCGUACUCUAAAAUUAGGCCACGAGCAAAUAUGUGUCGGUGGGGUUGUUGGAAAAGAUUCUUGUGGCGGCGAUAGCGGUGGUCCGUUGAUGAUGGCUGUAAGUGGUUCAGCUGGUCCACGUUACUUCAUUUUUGGCAUUGUGUCAUUUGGUUCGAAAAAUUGUGGCGAAUCAGAAUUGCCAGGCAUUUACACUGAUCUAAGGUAUUAUCUUAAGUGGAUUCUUCAAAAUUUUAGUAAUUCAUUACAGGAAAACGAAAUAUGUUCAACGCCAAACGCAGCUAAAGGGAAGUGCAUUCGAUUCAAGAAAUGUGCGAGUUUAGUGAAAAUUAUUCUGAAAAAUCCAUUAUACGAAGAUGACAUUGAAUUUCUGAAAGAAAGUCAAUGUGGCUACACCACCGAGCCAUUGGUUUGCUGUAGUGAUGCACUGUCUAGAUUGCCCGAAGAAGAAGUAACUGAAUCUGUACCGGAUGUGACUGAAAGCGAUAGCUCUACGUCGGUAUUGUCAAAUCUUUUGCCAGGCAUCGCUAUGUGCAAAGAGGAAUUGGCCAGACGUGUUGUUGGCGGCGAAAAGACUCAAGAGGAUGAAUAUCCGUGGACAGUUUUGCUUCAUUAUAAUAAGCCAAAAAAUACGUCGGGUUUCCACUGUGGCGGGGUUUUAAUCAAUGAACGGUAUAUAUUAACAGCAGCUCAUUGUAUGGCUGCUCCAGCAAUAAAAAAAAUGAAAUGGGUUCUAUCAAGUGUUCGAUUGGGCGAAUAUGACUUAAGCACCGAAGAGGAUUGCUAUAAAGGGGAAUGUAUCGACAAACCUGUUGACAUAAAAGUGGAAAAAUUGAUACCUCACGAGAAUUAUGCUGCCACGUCGAAAUCCCAAGAAAACGAUAUUGCCUUGAUUCGACUAGCAAGACCGGUCAAGUAUACAAAAUACAUUAAGCCUCUUUGUUUGCCUGGUGAUGAGAGCCUGAAAUCUGUCAACUAUGAUGAUAUGGGGCUUGAUGUUGCCGGCUGGGGACAAACGGAAAAUGCUACAUUUAGCAGCGUCAAACUCAAAGUUACAGUACCUGGAGUUCCCCUUUCUGAAUGCAGUAAAAUCUACCAAAAUCGCAAUCGAAUAACAAUUUCCGAAAAACAAUUGUGUGCUGGAGGUGUUCCCGGAAAGGACUCAUGUCGCGGUGACUCGGGAGGACCGCUGAUAGCCGUCGAUAUUUCUAAUCCAGCGAAAUCUUAUUAUUAUUGUGCUGGCAUUGUUUCGUUCGGACCAACUCCUUGUGGCAAGCCUGGUUUUCCUGGAGUUUACACACGUGUUAGUGCCUAUACCGACUGGAUUGUUAAAAACAUUAAGCCUUAUUUGGUGCUGCGCGAAUUCGCACAAUCAUCUGGAGGUUACAGAACGUGCUACACUCCAAAUAAUCAAAACGGGUUGUGCAUUCCGCUCGCAUCUUGUGCCAGUUUGUAUCAACUGAUUCAGAAGAAUCCACUGUACCCAGAGGACCGAAAUUAUUUACGCGCUUCGCAAUGUGACUACAAUCAACAGCCAUACGUAGUGUGCUGUCCGGACUCUAAUAAUACACCAACUCCUACAAGUACUGGCGAAUCGUUAUCUAGUUUACUACCGGCACCUGGAGUAUGCGGUACAGAUAACACAAAUCGUAUAAUUGGCGGUGAGAUUACGAAAAUUGAUGAGUUUCCUUGGAUGGUUUUGAUUGAAUAUUCGAAACCGAACAAUCGACGAGGUUUUCAUUGCGGAGGAGUAUUAAUCAGUGACCGUUACGUACUUACGGCUGGGCAUUGUUGUGUUGGUGCUAUUAAGCAACAAAGAUAUGUUCUGGAAAGUGUAAGAUUAGGAGAAUGGGACACAAAUACCGACACAGACUGUGACAGAGGUGACUGCUCAGAUCCUGCACUGGAUGUGGCUGUUGAGGAAAUCAUUCCACACGAAAACUACAAUCCCAAUUCUAAGACGCAGGAAAACGAUAUCGCAUUGUUGAGACUGUCACAAUCGGUUACUUACACAGACUUCAUCAAACCGAUUUGCUUGCCAAGCGAAAGUGUCAAAAACAAAAACUAUGACGGAAUCAAUCUAGAAGUUGCCGGAUGGGGAAAAACAGAAAAUGUUUCGUUCAGUAAUUUCAAACUUAAGGUAAAAGUUCCUGGCGUAGCCACUGAGAGAUGCAAUUCAGUGUAUAGUCGACACAGCGUCACUUUAGGAGCCGGUCAAUUGUGUGCUGGCGGAACGAAGGGAGCCGAUUCUUGCCGAGGCGAUUCAGGUGGACCGCUGAUGACCGUAGACAGAAACAACCCGAGUCGACCAUUCUGGUACUGUGCGGGCAUCGUUUCGUUUGGACCAUCGCCUUGUGGUAUGGAAGGAUGGCCGGGUGUUUAUACUAGAGUUAGCUCUUACACUGACUGGAUUGUAAGGAAUAUUCGCGCAUAAAAUCCAAAUCGAGAAAAUAAAGAAAAUGUUUUCGGUUUAUUUA